GCUUGAAGUGACAAGCUCGAGUCACAGCAAUAAACUCGCGGAAAAUCCAACCUACUCACCCACCAAUUGCGCAAUUCUCCCAACCUACAUCAGGCAAGACGGCCUUCUCGUAGAAGCAUUCGCGUCUUCGUGCACUACUAUUUGGCAGGAUGGCAGGCCGAUCGAAUGGCAACGCCAAUGGAGUGCAGUACACAUUGACUGCGCUCAAUCGAUGGUCGGUCGCAAACAAACAAUUACCUCGUAAGUUGGUACUGGGAUCUGCGAGGAAGUUUGCUGCUCACCAAAUAUAGCGAUCGAAAAAAUCAAGACAAUUCAUGUCUACGAUUUUGAUAAUACUCGUAAGUAACCAUCCGCGAUACGAUGCGCCUGCGCUUGUACUGACACGAUCCCAGUCUUCAACAGCCCCCUCCCAAAUCCCAAAUUAUGGAAUGGUCCUACCGUAGGCUUCCUGCAGACACAAGAAGGUAUCAUAAAUGGCGGAUGGUGGCAUGAUGCGCGCAUCCUUGGAGCUACUGGUGAGGGCGUCGAGAAAGAAGAGCCUCGAGCUUGGGAGGGCUGGUGGAACGAACGAAUUGUCGAGCUGAUCAGGCUCAGCAUGGAGCAGAAGGACGCAUUGACAGUUCUCCUGACUGGACGUGCGGAACCUGCUUUUGCAGAGUUGAUCAAGAAGAUGGUGACCUCCAAAGGCCUCGAGUUCGAUAUGGUUUGUUUGAAACCCCCGCGUGGGCCAAACCAGGAAUGUUUCUCGAGUACCAUGAUGUUCAAGCAGUGUCUUCUGGAGUGCCUGAUGGAGACAUACAAGUCGGCAGAGGAAAUCAGGAUCUAUGAAGAUCGUAUCCGUCAUGUCAAGGCCUUUAGAGAAUAUUUCACCGACUACAACAGACGUCAAAAUGGCAUGGGCGGUGCACCAACUCGUGGCCCUAUUGUCGCCGAGGUAGUCCAAGUUGCUGAUGGUGCCACGCAGUUGGAUCCUGUUCUUGAGACGGCUGAAGUCCAGCGGUUGCUCAAUGAUCAUAAUACUCAAGUCACCAAAGCCCGACGAGGCACACGUCUUCAGAUCAAAAAGACAGUUUUCUAUACCGGAUAUUUGAUCAGCAAAACUGACACUCAGAAGCUACUUACAUUAGCUCAGCUCCCACCUAAUAUGCCAGAUGCAGAGAUGAAGUUUCUUGCAAACAACAUUCUCAUUACUCCUCGUCCCGCACCAGAAAGCAUCCUUGAGAAGGUGGGUGGCAUGGGGAGUAAGACUACCUGGGAAGUCACAGGUACUGCAGUCUUUGAGAGCAAGAUAUGGGCAGCUUCGGUGAAACCUGUUCCAGAAACCACAAAGUACUAUACUGAAAACCCAAGUCCAAUCGUAGUGCUUGCUCUUCGAAAGGGUGCUCGCCCAAUCGACGCAGGUAAGAUCCAGAAUUGGCAGCCUGUUCCCCCUGAGAAGCAGUUCGUUUUCGAAAGUUACGUUGGCGAGAAAAUUCUGCUUCGCAUAGAAGAAGAGAAUUCCACAGAAAAUGAGUACGAGAGUUUGUUUCCAAACAAGACUUUAAAGCGGAAGCAUGAUGACGAUGAUAUGAGCAGGUCCAGUGGCUCCUAUGGAAACAAUGGUGGUAAUCACGGAGGGGGGAGAAAUCACAAUCAAAAGGAAAACUACAAUGGCCGAGGUGGUCGGGGAGGACGAGGUAAUCGUGGAAAUGGAGGAGGAAGAGGUCGUGGUAGUAAUGGCCGCGGUGGUAGAGGACGAGGAGGAGGCCAUGGAUACCGGUCACUGGAUGAUGUUGACCGGAAUCACUCUGGCACUCCUCCUUCGUAUAAUGCCGCCGUCACCUACGAGGAUUUCCCACCGCUUCAAAAACAGUAUCAGACUCCUCAGCAACUUGUCCAGCAGCAGUUUCAACAAUACCAGAAUUACCAACAAUCGAUGCAAGCCAAAGGAGGCAAACCAGGAAACGGAGAGUUGCAAUACAACUAGUGGGACUGUAUCGUUAUUAGAUUGUUGGUUGGAAUGUAUUCGCGGAUGUGCUUUUCAAGCUGGAUGGGGGGAACAAAAUUUGUAUUGUAGGAGUACUGAUUACUGGCAUGACGGGCGUCAAAGGGGGUUUGGUUGGUUGCAUUGUGGUGUUGGUUGGUGGAUAUCUUUCCAUGGAUUUUUGAGCUUGUAUUAAUUAGGUUCACGAGCGAGAGGAAGGCUUGGGGACUUGGAAUGAAAAGUAUAGGAUUACGAAUUGUAUUUUGUACAGUAGAUUAGUUGGUGUGGUAUUCUAUAUGUAUCAUCAAGGUUUUCUUAUGGCUGUAGUGAGGGAGG